CUCGUGCCACGUCAGAGCUACACACUUGUUACCAUCCCCGCUACCAACUGCUAGCUCCACUGUCGCUUUCAGCUGUUUCUUCUUGCUGUCGCGAUGCUCUUCCUGGGACUCACCUGUCUGCUGCUGCAUGUGUCUCUGGUGUUUGGCACCGAGCUCACCUUUGAGCUCUCUGAUAACGAAAAGCAAUGUUUUUACGAGGAACUGCAGAAAGACGUGAAGUUUGAAAUAGACUUCCAAGUCAUCGCAGGAGGCAACUACGAUGUGGACAGCUUCGUCACCGAUCCUCAAAACAACGUCUUGUACAAUGAGAAGAAGAAGCAGUAUGACAGCUUCUCUCAUACCACGACUAUGGAGGGAACCUACAAGGUCUGCUUCAGCAAUGAGUUCUCCACGUUUACACAUAAAACCGUGUAUCUGGAUUUCCGCCACGGAGACGAGGAACCUCUCAUUCAGACCAUGACUGGAGCUACAGCACUGACUCAGUUGGAGUCAUCCUGCGUCUCCAUUCACGAGGUCCUGAAGGUGGUGGAUGACUCACAGACAUGGUACAGGCUCAGAGAGGCACACGACCGCACGAAAGCCGAACAUCUCCUGGAGCGGGUGACCUACUGGUCCAUCGGAGAAACCGUCCUGCUGUUUGUUAUCGGCCUCGGUCAAGUCGUGUUGCUCAAGAGCUUCUUCAGUGAGAGGAAAGGCUCUGUGGCGGCCACCACUUAGAACUCGUAGUCUUGAUUCGCCCUCAGAAAAACAGGUGGAAGCGUGUCAAUGUGAACACACAUACGUGCGUCUGGAGAUUAGCACACACCUUGUAGUAUUUCCAGCAGACUUUUUUUGUUAAAAGGGAUAGUUUGGGAAGUCUCUCUUUUUUUUCCUGCUCACAAAGUGUCAUACAAACUUGUGAGUGCCUUUAUCAUGACUGUGCUGAUUUGUUCUUAACAAGCGGUUUCGAGAAGAAACAACUCUUGUACUGGUUUUGGAAAAUGAGAUAUUUCCACCUUUCAACAUUGCACAGAUAAUUUAUAAUAUAUUUUUUAGUGCAACACAAAGCAGGGUUAGUUUGAUCUGUUAAUAAUGAAGACGGUCAUGGGUUUUCAUCUGGAUGCUAAUUACACAAGAUGUUGUGGUAAAUCAGUUGUUGCUGAGUGUAGGUUGUAUUGUUCUAUAUUGUGUUUAUUAUUACCUUAAUUUAUGUGCGAAAAAAUAAGAGGUGUAAGAGUUCCGUCUUCCUCGUCCCCUGUGUCUCAUACAAAGUGCCUUAAGACAUUUUCUUUUAAUUUCCUACCAAGUUGAAAGUUUACUUCUUUUUUUUUAAUUGGUCUGAUGUGCACCAUCCUGUUACUGAUUGGAUUCGCAGUUUUCACUCUUGUGGAUUAUAAAUCCAUGUUAUUUUAUACAGAGAUAUGUUUAACACUGUUAAGUGACAUCAUUGUGAUGGCUUUUCUUUUUCAACAACACAAAGUAUGCUUGCAGUCUUAUUUGUUUAUCUGUCUCUUAAUUAUCUGUAAAACCGGUCAACAGACAAAAGCCAUUUUUAGUAAAGAUGAAAAUCUGGUUUAACAUUGCCAUAUUAUGGUUUGUAUUUUGAGCAAUUUUGUUAUUUUUUUGGGACAAUGUGUCAGGAGCUGCCAACUUAGAUCCAGGUUCAUGUAAUAUGUAUUUUACAUUUUGAACUUAUUCUUCAGAAAACAUGUUUCAUUAUAAAAAAAUAAGUAGCUCACAUAA